AUGGCAGGUCCGUCUUCAACUAACCCGACAGGAUUAUCGUUUUCUCAUCUCAGUUAUUUGACCUUUGAAUCUGUUUUACAGGUAGUGAUCAUUUCAUUUGCAGGUUUCUGGUGUGCUUAUACGGGACUACUACCGAAACAAGGCCAAAAAAUUGUUUCUUUGCUAAACGUGGAUCUUUUUACACCAUGUUUGAUUUUCAGUAAAUUAGCCAAGUCUCUUUCCUUGGCAAAAAUUUUGGAAAUUUCUAUAAUCCCGCUGUUCUAUGCCUUAACCACAGGUAUUUCCUUCCUUUCUGGUAAAUUGUUAUCGUAUUUGUUCGGAUUUGAUGUCGAUGAAACCAACUUCGUAGUGGCUAAUUCGAUAUUCGGAAACUCAAACUCUUUACCAGUUUCUUUGACCCUUUCUUUAGCCUACACUUUACCGGAUUUAACUUGGGACCAAAUCCCUGAUGAUUCAAGGGAUAACGUUGCGUCAAGAGGUAUACUCUAUCUUUUGAUUUUCCAACAAAUCGGCCAAGUGUUGAGAUGGUCAUGGGGUUAUAACAAAUUGAUGAGAUGGUCAGAGGAUUCAGUUCAUCACAACCAUCGUAUUUCCUCUCAAUUGGAAUCGCAGGCUACAUUGGGUAAUGACCCAAAUAAUGUUUCAAGUCUAAGUUUGCAGAGUGAAUCCACUUCUGCAGCUUCACAACAGGAAGUGAAUCUACGUGAGAGCCCAUAUUAUGCCGGUACUUUUACGAAAUUGAAACAGCAGACGUGCUUUUACAUUGCUAAAGUUAGAAGUUUUAUGAACCCUCCUUUAUAUUCCAUGUUGUUCUCGGUAAUUGUUGCGUCAAUCCCACCUUUACAACAUGAAUUUUUCCAAGCUGACGGUUUCAUCAACAAUACACUAUCUGAAGCUAUAGCUGAGUUGGGAUCAGUUUCCAUUCCAUUGAUCCUUAUUGUACUCGGUUCAAACUUGUACCCAUCGGGAGAAACUGCUGCUCUCACCAAAAAUCACAAAAAAUUAGUUUUCGCAUCUAUAAUGGGACGUAUGGUUUUGCCAUCAUGUUUCAUUCUACCGAUAAUUGCUGGUUGUGUUAAAUUUAUCAAAGUUAGUAUAUUGGAUGAUCCAAUUUUCUUAGUGGUUGGGUUCAUUUUGACAGUCUCACCACCUGCAAUUCAAUUAACUCAAAUUACCCAAUUAAACGAAUUCUUUGAGGCUGAAAUGGCCAACGUUUUAUUCUGGGGUUACGUUGUGUUAACUCUUCCGAUCUCGAUAAUCAUUGUUUCUAUUGCUAUUACCGUCUUACAGUGGGCUCAAUAA